GUCUCGCAAUAAGACUGAAAAAUCAUCUCUACUUGUUUUCACUUUGUUUCUGCCAGACUUGGACGAAGUGAAACCUUUUGCAAACCCCUUGGCCAAUCGCCUGGCGUCGCAGUCAAUUUGAACGGUUCUAUUUUCAAAAAUGGGGAAAGAGAAGGAGACUGUUUAUGAGGAGUAUCAAAACUCCAGUGCAAAGAGAAUGGCUUCCAGUUCAUCACAACAGCGCAUCAGCCGUAACUAUGGCCUUGGUGCGCCACGGCGAAGCCAAUCAAUGUUUAUACAAAGAUCUGGGCUAGAGGAACCAGAUAUUUUGAAACGUCGUGCUCGCUCAACAAGAGGGGGGAGGAAAGGAAGAAAGUCCACCUUGUUCGCUGGAAGAUCAGCUCCAAAAAUUCCCCAAAUUGAAAACUCUGUGGACUUGUUUGAAAAGGUUUUAAGUGCAUUGAGGGAUUGUUCCGACAAUAUAAAAGACAAUAUUCGUAGCUCGCCGAUAACGGCAAAGCGAGCUCUAGAGCAAAAACUCAGAUGGUGCGAAGACAGAUUAAAUCAAAUCAAUGGUCUAUACGAGUUUUAUAAACAUGAGAUAAAGAUGCGACAAGGAGCAAGGAACCUCGAAACAGCCUUGUUGUCGUACGGUGUGAAACAUGGACACGAUAAAUGUAAAUCAAACUACCGCGAAUCAACGCAGAAUAUGUGCGAGAUUGAGGAUGAAUUUGAAAGACGCAUUGGAAGAUUCAAAGUGACCAUUGAUGCGCUCGAUGGAUUUGCCAGACUUUGCCCAGGCGACAACUUUGAGAUUUUUCUACGUAACGGAAUCGGUCGCAAGUGGAAAGCGAAAUGCAAAAUUGAAAGAGAUGGUCAAAAAUGGACGGAAAAUAAUAUCGAGGUAAAGGGUUCCCUCAAAGAUGGUCUGUAUCUAAGGAUUUUUGAAAUCAAGAAGAUUCAAUCGAAUGCACAGUUGGGAAGUUUUUCAGUACGAUUACGCAAUUACAUUGCUGCCCGACCAAUGAGCCUGUCCAUUCCUGUUAACAAAACUGGAAAUUUGAAAUUACGAGUGACGUUUCACUGGCAACCACUGACGACGAAAGAGGAAAGCAAACUGAAGAAAACGAACCGCGAUGGAUUGCUAUCGGAGGUCUUCUUUGGAUCAGUUGUAAAUGUCAACCAUAAUCCCGACGUAUCCACGAAUUCUGCCGGUUUCCCUCCUUCAUCCCCAUCUGUCGCGUCUACCUGCUCAACCAAUAGUAAUCCAGUGUUCGGUUUUGAAGAAGUCAAAUAUGAAAAACAUAAUGGAAAUCAUCUCAACGGGAGCGCGUGUUCAAAUUCAGCAGAGAAUCUUCAUUUAAAGAUCUCGGAAGCUGAGGCAUUGGACGAGAAAUAUGAAAUGCUCACGCCAGAGGACGAGAUUCCUGAAGAAAAUGAAACCCCAGAGUCGUCAUCCUUGGACCGACUGAUACGAAAAUUACUCACAGUUUUAAAUGAACACAAAGACCAACAUCCUCAACUGGACGAGUUAUGCGAGAAACUCGAAAGACUUGAUGAAAUUUUACAGGGUGGCAGGCUUGCUAAAACCGCCAUAUCUGAUUCCGUCGAGAGUGCAUUGGAGAGUUUCAGUUUCCUUGAUCUUACCGAUGUUGGCGUGAAACCUGAACCAGAUUUGCAACCGUCAGAUACGGGCUACUUUAGCAGUACCGAUGAAACGCAAAAAUCGUCUUCCCCUCAGACAACUGUGACGCAGGGCGAACCAACCACGGUGGCUGAAACAACGGCUGAGCAAUCUGAAGAGGACGUUGAACCAGAUACCAGAGUUGUAGCAACGUCACCAACAUCAUUACUUUCGUCACAAGGAACUGGAACAGAUUGCGAGACGGAGACCUUAUCCUGUUGUUCCGAACUUGGUUCAACGGGAAUCACAAUUAUUGACAAGGUCCUACAGCAGCAUCUGAAGUUUUGCCUUGGAUUAACAAAGGAUUUCGGUUCAAUAGGACCGCUAAAAUGUAAGGAAACAUCAGCUAUCAUAAAACUCGAAUGGCAAUGUGGUAUAAUUGAUAAACUGAUAGAGCUUGCAAAGACGAAGCAACCACCUCACACGAUAUCAAAAGCAUAUUCGUCCCUAGCAGCGAGCGGUCAUGAUGAGAUCUUGCUUUUCUGGGCUGGAAAUUGUGGCGAAAAUCCUUUGUUCAUCGAAAGUAAAGAUUUCGUUCAAGGUUUCAAAAAUCAGUUUAGUUCGGAAGUGGAUGAACGCUACAGUCGCGUAAUCGAUAGACUAUAUCCGGUGAUUACGACAAGAGUUCUCCAAGAGAAUGGCAGUGUCCUCUUACCAAAUCUCGACGAAGAUUCUGUCAUAACUAUUUACCAGUUUACUGAUUUCUUUCUUAUCGAUAAUAGAUGGAACCUGGUUCAGUUCGUCAAAGAUGUGGCGGAUGAGCUGCUGACUUGUAGUCGACUCAUGAACGAAGAAAAAGCAGUUGUUCUUACUCAGCUUCAGAUGUAUAAUAAAAUACCAUUCCAACAAAGCUGCUGUGUAAACGUUGCAAGACUGCUGACCGAUCCUGACUUAAGAGUUGCAGGAGCAGCAGGUGUCUAUUUCGAAACUCUUUUAAGGGAUGGUAACCGAAGAGCACAGGCGGUGUCGUAUUGUGUCGAAGCGCUAGAGGAUGGUGAUGAGGAUCUUAGGGCUGGUGCUUGCCAUGCUUUGGAGAGACUACAGGGAAAAGAAGUAAGCGAACAUCUGUUGUUUUUGGCGAAAUGCGACACAGCAAAAGUGAAACAAGCUGCAGAAGCUGCAGUGGUUAGUUUUGGUACCGUCUCGGAACCGAGUGACGACGAAAAGAACGCACAAAUCUGGAAGCAAACGACUGCAAUGUCUGAUGUUUCGAAAAGUACGGAUUUUUAGCGAUGAAAUACGCCACUGUGUUUCCAUUGCUCAAUAACUUUAUUAUCAAAUAUUAUCAACCCUACUUUCAGAGUUGAUUUCAUCAUUGCAUGUGAUGACGCAUGCGCCCAGAUGAAAUCCCUAACAAAUCUGUUGUUUGUUAUUAAAAGCUUGUUUACAUUUGACUAUAUGAUUUUCCUCUUGAUGGAUGUGAAUGAUAGAAAAAUUAUACUAUACAUUAUAUUAUACAUAUAUCUUAGUUACAGAUGAACAUACAUAAUGUAUGAACAUACGUAACCUACUACUCGUUCACAUCCAUCAAAAUGAGAAAAAAUGGCAAGUUUAAACUGGCGCUUAAAAGAGAUAAAGCAAAUAAUAUAUUUCGUUGGUUUAUAAAUUUAUUAUGAAAUAUUAAAUAGAUGUACAAUAUUUAAUAUCUAUAUUAAAAUACACACAAAUUUAUUGAAUUUAUACAUAUUAUAUUGUCAUUGAAGUUGAAUUAAACUACCCUCAUUA